AUGCAUGCCUCGGCAAAGGAGGGAUUCACUCGGAGCACUGAUGCUGAGAUGACCCCAAUCUCACCGUAUCAGGACCACACCAUACAUAUCACUUUUGACUGCAGAGUACUGACUGUCCCCACGGAUAGUCUGCCCCUUCGCAUACAUCGCCUCGACCCGCAUCGAGGCCGUGGCAGCCCGCUCGUCAGCAACCGUGCUAUGGCGUCCCGUGCUCCUCGGCGCGAUAUACAAGGCGCCCACGGCGACGCCACUGACGCCAUGAACCUGAGCAAGCGCGCCGUCUUCCGCCAGUCGUUCGGGCGCACCCUGCGGCGGCUGCGCGUCCCCGUCAAUACGCCGGCGGCGCAUCCGCGGAAGACGGUGGACGCGCUGCGCUUGCUGCACUUCCUGCCCGACGGGGCGCGGGUGCGCGUGAGCCGUGCGCUGUUCAGGGCUUACUGGGUCGAUGGUGUGGACGUCUCUGCUCGCGACGUGCUGCUCCGCAUCGCGCAGAGAGCGCUGGCGAAGAUGCCGGAGGUCCGGGUGUCGCUGAACAUGGCUACAUUUGAUGAUGAAGCAGCAAAGCGAAGGCUGGGAGCUGGCCACGGCAGACGCGGUGGCGAGAGGCGCGCCUGGCAGGGCCGCCUAUACUGGGGCCAGGACCGCCUGCAUUUCGUCGAGGCCAGUUUGCUGCGUCUCAGCACCGGUCCGUCAUCGUCGUCGUCCCAAAAGGAGAUCAGGCUGAGGGAUCUGAUACCCCGCUGUCGGGAGCUGAAGCCACCUCACAAGCCGGUGAAGCUCGAAUUCUGGUUCGACUUCCCCAGUCCCUGGGCAUACCUCGAUUGGACUCGAGUGGAAAGCUUGAGGAGAUUCGGGCCUCAGUUCGAGGUUGAGCUCCGACCCAUCCUCCUGGGCGCUUUGUUCAAGGAGAUUGGCGCUCCGCAAAUGCCGGGUGCGGCCAUCUCGCAGCAAAAACGACAGUAUGGCUUACAAGAUCUGCUUGACUGGGCUGAGUUCUCGGGUCAGGUUGACGCACAGCAAGGACAGUCGUAUGGACCUAUUGCCUUCUGUUGGCCAGACAAUUUUCCCAUUCGGAGUCCAACGAUGUUGAGACGCGCAAUAGCGAAUCCAGAUUGCAUACCGUUGCUUGAAAAGGCUUGUUGGGCACUGAACUUGGAUGUGAGUGACGAAAGUGUUCUGCAAUCAGUACUUGCCGAGGGAGGCUUCGAUGCCGAGCAGCUGCUUGCCACGGCCCGGUUGCCGGAUGUCAAGGCGACACUCUUCGCGAACACAGGGGAAGCCAGGGCUGCCGGGUUCUGUGGUGUACCUACAUAUCGAGUCUUUCAUCGUGGACUGAACGGCACUUGGAAACCAGCAGGCGGGUUCGUCUGGGGCCAGGAUGAGUUGGCCGUGGUGGAACACUUGAUUGCUGGGUGGGAGGAGGAGUCGGACGAAGUAGCCAUAGUACGAGGAGAGCAAACCACCCCUCGGUCUCGUGCUCGAAUAUGA